AUGACCAACUCCUGCUGCUCCUCUUGCUGCCAGCCCACCUGUUGUGAAACCACCUGCUGCAGGACAACCUUCUGUAAGCCAACCUGUGAGACCAGCUACUGCUGCCAGCCCUGCUGCCAGCCCUGCUGCCAACCCAGCUGCCAGCCCAGCUGCUGCAAGACCAUCUGAUGCAGAACCACCUGCUGUAAGCCAUCCUGUGUGGACAGCUGCUGCCAGCCAUGCUGCCAGCCCAGCUGCUGCAAGACCAUCUGCUGCAGAACCACCUGCUGUAAGCCAACAUGUGUGACCACCUGCUGCCAGCCCUGCUGCUGCAAGACCACCUGCUGUAAGCCAACAUGUGUCACCACCUGCUGCCAGCCCUGCUGCUGUGAAACCACCUGCUGUAAGACCACCUGCUGUAAGCCAACCUGUGUGACUGCCUGCUGCCAGCCAUGCUGCCAGCCCAGCUGUUGUGAACCCAGCUGCUGCCAGCCCUGCUAUUGUGAGCCCAGCUGCUGCCAGCCUAGCUGCUGCCCAACCUGCUAUGAAACUACCUGCUACUAG